AGUAAAAACUAUAAAAGGAAGAUUUUAUUUUUGAGACACAAAAGUUAUAAAACCUUUUGAGUUUCCUAUUUGUAACCUUUUCGUUCUCUUUUGUAUUAGGUUUCUAAAGAAUAUUUUGCUGCCGCCGUACCGCGUCUGUUUUCGUGCCUUACUCUAACCUUCUUUGUGUCUCGGCUUGUUCUUUAAUCUUCUCUGUGCAAGAUGUCUAUUACAGAACCAAAACGAUCGUCACUUGGAAAGGAAGUAGGAACUAGCAGAGGGAACGAUAGGAUAAGCUUAUUACCUGACUCUUUGCUAUGUCAUAUACUUAGCUUUCUAACGUGGAAGGAAGCUGUUUCGACAAGCUUCUUGUCCUCCCGAUGGAGAGAUCCUUGGAAAUGGGUUCUUAGGUUAGAACUAGAUAACUACAAAUUCCCAACCGACAAAGCGUGUGUUGAUUUCAUCAGCAAGUUUCUUCUAAAUGUCAAGAGCUUGAGUGAAUUCAAUCUAUUCAUUGCCUAUGAUAACGAUCUCUCUCUUUAUGAGCCGUGUCUCGUUGAAGUGAUGAAGUUCAAGAUUCAGCAUUUUCAUGUAGAUAAUUGUGGCAGUAUUGGUAUACCCUUAACCCUUAGUGCGUGUGAGUCAUUGGUAUCCUUAAAGCUCUCUGGCAUUAGGCUGAAUGAUUUUGCGUCUCUUUCCUUACCAUGUCUCAAGAUUAUGGACUUAGACUCUGUUAUAUUCGCUCACGAUGUGGUUCUUGGUACUCCGAGGCUCGAACACUUGAGUCUCAAAAAUUGCCAGUUCAAAAGCUUCGAGAUAAAAAGAAUGAGUGGCUCUAUCAAGGUUCAUAUCGAUAUCUGCUUUGGACUGAGGCACUAUGACUUAUCGGAAAGAAAUAUCAUCUAUAAUUUUCUCAAGAAUUUUUCAGCUGUAGAAGAUGUGACACUCGCAGAGAGUACUCUUUUGUCUAUCUAUUUUCUUCGGGACAUGUACCCACUACCCAAGUUUCAUGGCUUGACCACUCUGCGUGCCACUAUAUGGUUAGGGGGCUGUCUUAUAUUAUUGCCAAUCCUUCUUAAGAGCUGCCCGAAUCUGAAACGUUUGACCUUGAUAUUGAGUUAUGAUGAUAUUGAAGAGGCAGUGACGGGUAGUCUUUCCCGUAGGCUGCCUAUUUGUUUGGUAUCGUCCAUCGAAUACGUUGAAAUUGAAACCACGAUCACGGAGGAAGCAACAGAACAGGAAGUAGUUAGAUACUUUCUGGGCAACGCUACAUCACUAAAGAAGCUCGUUCUACGUUUGGAUGUGUCUGACGAAAAGAAACACGACCCUGUUCUCGUGAAACAACGAUUUGACUCUCCCGGGCGCUCUAAUUUGUGUCAGUUUGAAGUUUUACUAAGGAGCUGUCCUCAAUAAAGAAAUUGUUUGAUUUAUUAUGUUAAAAUAACAUUUUUUAUCAUUCAAAUA